CGACAACGGCGAAACUUUAGUCGGUGCCAGUAUUUCAGACCGUUACGACAGCUUGCGUUCUCGAGCCGCUCUAGAGGAGAAAAUAAAAGGACCCGCAGAGAAAUUUCUUCGCCAGGACAUCCCCUUCAGCAAGCCGGAAGGUUCUAAACCGCCAACUCAUUUGCAACUGCCAGGUGUCAGCCACGAUUAGUUAGUUCUGUGAGAGCAUGUGCCGAUUCUGAUUCGAGAGAACAGUGUUCAGUGAUUUUUGUUUGAGUGUUCAGCUGAGAGAGUCGACAAGCGUAGUACAAAUUAUCUACUAAGUCUAGUACCUGAUAAGAGCCACAUAAGCAGCAUAACAGCGCUAACUAUGUCAGCAUCACCAAUCGCACGCCAAGCCUGCAGCCACAUGCAGGCGAUUCCAUCCAAGAGAGUUCUGAUCCAUGACGCAUCCGAGCUACCGGCGUAUUACUCGUCCACACCCGGUGGCACCAUGUACUCAACCACACCAGGAGGAACUCGCAUUGUUUACGAACGGGCCUUCCUGAUGAAUUUGAAGAACUCUCCGCUCGCCCGCACCCCACCGUCUAACCUAAGCAAUCUACCUCACAACAUCCUGCGGAACAGCCCGAAUCGGAGCGCCAGCAAGCCCAAGACGCAACAGCAGUCCCACAACUCGCCGCCCAAGUACGAUGACCACCAGGAACAAUUCGACAUGGAUCUGUAGAGUUCGGGAGCGUUCCCGGGAAUAUUUUGUUAUCUUGAAUAAUGAAGUUCUACUCUAAGUUCACAAAUGAUAUAAACUUUAUAAGUUUAUUCUAUUUUCUCGUUUGUAAGUUUAAUGUUAAUGAAGCCGCUUCGCGAUGCCGGUUUGGUGACACAGCCGUUGCUGUUGAAUCAGGCGCGAAGACUGCUAUACUCUAUCGUCACUAAUCAUAGAUAAACCGAAGACAGGGUCGACCCGUCUUCCAAGUAUGUUUAAUAAAACCUAUUUUUUUCGUUUUUCGCGAGGAUAAUCAAUCCAUUUCAAUUGUGCUAAACAGUUCGGCUAUAAGCGCUAGAAAUUUGUGAUACUGGAUAACCUUAUCUACGGUAUGCUAUGCUUGGUGCCGUAGAUUGUGGAGUCCGCUUCUAAUGUUAGUUCCAUGAAGCAACAAUGCCUGUUAGUUCAGAGGACACCUAACCGAUUAAGUAUCGAACAGCUAGAUGUUACAAAACGAGUGGAAUUGAGCGUCUUUUUUCCUCAGACACUGAUCGUUUUAGUAGACGUUUGAGGACCAUUAUUUCAUUGUUUUGUUUUUAAUUUACAAAAAAUAUUUGUAGGAACGAGUAGAAAUAUUGCCAAUGCUGUAACAAUUCAAUAUCAGAUAGCAAUAGGCGGCAUCCACAAACAACCGCAGUUUGUUUUUAUGUGUAUGUAAGGAAUAUGAAAUUGAGAAAUAAAAUUGUUUCAACGUCUAGCAGAGUCCGCAGGGCGAAUCUAAAGAACCACAAUUGUAGAAGCACGUUGGAAUGAUAUUUUAAUAUAGAAACUAUGAUUAAAUAA